CACAAGUGACUGACAUGAUGGAAGAUACAGUGCCGAUAAUAGAUUUCUCUGUCUAUGGUUUGCAAAUAACAAACAAGGAAUCAGUGGCGGAUUCGGAUUUAGAAACACUUGCAGCCAACGUCUACCACGCAUUGAGCACAGUCGGGUUUCUAUACAUUAAAAAUCACGGAUUGCCACAAGAGAAGAUUGACGAGUUCUUUAGGAUUAACAAAACUUUCUUUACCCAACCGACAUCAGUAAAGACAACAUGUGCAUCUCGGACCGGUGGAUUCCAUGGAUACCAAGCUUUUGCAAUGGAACGAUUGGAUGUGUCAAAGCCGGGAGACCUCAAGGAAUCUUUUAACUACAAGUCAUAUGAAGGAUCUUUUGACAUUAACGCAUUCAUGACAACUUUGUGUAACCAUUUUAUGGAGUAA